CGGGUGAAGCAGGGGUAACCCGGAGUGAUAAAAAGACAGAAAUGGAUAAAAGAAAUACUGCACAUUUUAGAAAGAAAGGACAAUCGAGGUCAUUUGAAAAAUCCUAAACUAGCAAAUUUUAAGAAUAAUAAUAUUGAUUGAUAUUGAUUGAUAUUGAUAAGCAAGCAGAGAGUCGGGGUGCAUAACGAACAAAGACGAGGGGGGAAUAUUGGGCUAUCCGCACCAAUUGCCCAAACACACUUGCACAAUUUUGUAUUUGCAUUCCUCAGAAAGGAAUCGCAUAUACACUUUUUUUCUCAAUUAUCAGUGGAUGCAUCACAACUGGAGCCAUCUUCCUUCUGGUCAGCAUUCUCCCUAUAUCAUCUGCUACAUAUUUUGCAGGCUCUACUGCUCUAGUAUUGAACCUAUCAUGCUGCACUUGUCCUUGCCUAUAAAGGGAAUUGAAAUCCCUCAAGCUUCAUUUCUCAUCCUCAGACACUGUAUUACAGUGUUGAAUUGGAAUAAGAAGCAGAUAUAUAGAUGUGUGAACCGACCUGCUUCAAACCAGGGGAACAUGUUGUUCUCCUUUCCGCAAAAGAGCUCUCAUACUAGAAGGCGUGAUUGGAAAGUAGCUCUUGCGUUAAAUACAGGCGGUGCUCCUGGUAAUGGCAGCCAAGAAAAUUUAAACAGUGAUGGCCCUGGUCUAGGUCAGACUAGGUUGGGUAGACUGUUUAGUGCAGGCGGGCGACAGUUACUUGCAAAGUUGAAUUCUACAAGAAAAAACAUCCCAAUGAAGAUAUUUCUCCUGCUUCUCGGUUUUUACACAGCAAACGCAUUAGCCACGAUUCUCGGGCAGACUGGUGAUUGGGAUGUGUUGGUUGCAGGAGUAGUGGUUGCAGCCAUCGAGGGUAUUGGUAUGCUCAUGUAUCGGAAACCCUCUUCGCCAUCUACUGUCCGGCAGCAAUCUCUUAUCAUGAUGGUAAAUUUUUGGAAAGCGGGUGUUUGUUUAGGCCUAUUCGUAGAUGCUUUUAAGCUAGGUAGUUAAUUUCCUUCACUCUGUUAUUCUUCAUUUUAAACCAUCAAUACUCUUAUUUUCUAUAAGCCCUCCAUUCAUUAGCACCUAGUUUCAGAAGUAGUUCAAAUAGUAUGUGAAAACAGUCACUGCAACUGUGUGUAUAAUUGUAUAUUUAUGUUGAACAGACACACAAAUGUCCUUCAUCUCAAGACAA